UCUCAUCCCUCCACCAUAAAUAUCGCUGCUGUUUGAUUCAAUCCCCAUCACGAAGCCUACUACAACAACUACCUUCGCCAUCAACAAGACGGAAAAUGUCUCGCUCGCCAGCCCAUUUUAAGCGCACUCUUGUAGACCUGGAGGAUUGGGUUAACAAGACUGCCAUCGAGGACUUCAAAAUAGAUGCCUGCGUUGAUAGGUUCCUUGUCCGUGUUUACCGGCUCAACCGUUCCAUCCUGGAUCAGUUGGAAUCUAGCUCAUACUAUGGCUUUGGAAGAAGAGCUCCCAAGAAGCACCCAAAGCCAUUGGAAUGGAGUGGGGAGGGUGCCGAGGAGCUGCGGGAAAUUGCCUCUGAACUCAGAGACAAUUUGAAUCGCCUUCUUCCCGGCUAUGUCGAGGAAAACACUGAUGUCCUUGGAAAUGAGAAAGUUCUUCGAAAAAUCAAUAGCCGAUGGGAGGCUGUCGGCUCCAGGGUAGCCUGCGACCGGGAAUACCUGCAGCAAACCUCCGACAAAGAUAGACUUGUCGAAACAGGCUUAGCUUGGUUUUACCUCCGGUUUGUUGAAACAAUCACAGUAGCGAUUGAGAGAGAAACCUCGUCUGCCUUGUUUACAUGUGGAGGCAGCAUCCCGAUUGCGAAUCCCAUCGGCUCUGAGCAAGUGCUUCACUGGGGUGCCGAGCACGACUCCACCGCACAAAAGCUCACACUUCCAGUGCUAAGUGAGAACAGUGAUGGUUCAACUCACGGACUCCAAACACUUCUUGAUGCUUGCCAACCUGCGAGUUUUGGUAGGGGUGGGCAGGACAUCCUUGACCCUGAAUACCGUCGGGCAGGGAAGCUUGACCCCGACCGAUUUUUGACGAGCUUCCACCCAGCCGACUUUGGCAUUAUCGAGCUCAUCGAGCAGAUCCUUCUGCCUGGUAUCAGCGGUGAGACCGAGAAUCGAUUGCAGUUCCGCAAGCUGAAGGCUGAGUUGUAUAAAUUAAAUGUGUACUCGGGCCCUUCUGGGCAUUUCCGAAAGCAUGUCGACACGCCACGCUCGGAGCACCAGAUUGGAUCACUCGUGGUUUGUCUGCCAUGCCAAUUCGAGGGAGGCAACCUGACUGUGCAGCAUCACGGGCAGAUGGCCAAGUUUGAAUGGAGCCGACAAAGUAGCUCUAGUAUCCAAUGGGCAGCCUUCUACUCGGAUUGCGAGCAUGAAAUCGAGACGAUCAGAGCGGGCCAUCGGAUCACGCUCACAUACAACCUAUAUGUACGGGAAAUGCCCGGUGCCAUACUCGCUCCCAUCCGUCCCGUGCUUGAUCCACACACUCUCCCACUUUAUGGGUUGAUUGAAAGUCUACUCACCACCCCUGGAUUCAUGAAAGAUGGCGGCGUCUUUGGAGUCCACUGCUCCCAUGCCUAUCCCCAUUCUUCGGAUAUAGCCGGGCUCCAGCUCCCGCGUUCAUCGAAGGGCGCCGACCUUGUCGUCUAUGCGGUUUUUGAAGCACUUGGUAUGGAUGUCAGCAUCCUCCCGGUUCUGGAAUAUGAUGAAGACUAUGAAGGUAAUGGAGCACCUUACUUCGGCGACUCUGAACAGGACUCAGCCUCUGAGCAAGACUCAGAUUCUGGGCGUGGGUGGUACUACAAGAGAAAAUACUGGCGUUCUGUUCCGAAAGAUUACCUGGCAAGGGGCAAAGAGUCUUCCCUCAGGUAUAGCGAAGUGUACCCUUGGAAGUCUAGUAGUGCACUUCUUGAUGAGGACCAGCACUGGAAGCGUUUGUUGUUGACACGCGAAGUGGUUGAUGUGAUAGAAGCCUUCUCGUUUGGAGAAAAGCACCACCUGCCAAAGAAGCCGAACAGCCUCUACGAGGAAUGGGGUGUCCGUGUGCCUCCGCAUCUCCGAAGGUACAUUGGGUCUGAACGCGGACAGGAGGAGGACCUCAAAGAGGUGACCAACGAUGUCUGGCCGUCAUACUACCCCCCCGGCAUUACCUGGCUUGUCGAAGCCAAGCAUAAGGAGAUGGCAUUCUCUCACAUAUCUUAUGACAAUCAGGCUAGUAUCGGCGCUCGUUAUUCCUGUGCAGUGAUCUUGGCCGUCAUUCCGCCCUUCAGUCAACGCGGCCAAAGCGGGAAGAUGAAGUAG